AUAAGCGCGUGACAUGGACGCUCGUUCCCGUCAGCUGCGCGGCCACGUGCAAAAGGGCGCGCCCGAGUGUUGUAUCAAGUGUGCGAGACCGAAGCACUGCAUCACAGCUCAUUCAAUUCCUGUCCAGACGCCGACUAGCAAAGACAAACAACCAUGGCCUCCGGAGUUACAGUGGAUGAUAAUGUGUUGACGAUCUUCAAUGACAUGAAGGUCCGCAAGGCUAAUGUCAACGAGGAAGAGAAAAGCAAGAGGAAGAAGGCCGUUCUCUUCUGCCUGAGCGAUGACAAGAAGCAUAUCAUCAUGGAGGAGGGCAGUGAGAUCCUGCAGGGAGAUGAAGGAGAUCCCUACCUUAAGUUUGUCAAGAAGCUUCCUCCUAAUGACUGUCGCUACGCUCUCUAUGAUGCCACAUAUGAGACCAAGGAGACCAAGAAAGAGGACCUGGUUUUCAUUUUCUGGGCCCCGGAAAAUGCCCCACUCAAAAGCAAGAUGAUUUACGCCAGCUCCAAGGAUGCCAUCAAGAAGAAGUUCACAGGUAUCAAGCACGAGUGGCAAGUGAACGGUUUAGAAGAUAUCAAGGACCGAAAGACCCUUGCCGAGAAGCUCGGGGGAGCGUCAGUGGUCACUCUCGAGGGCAAGCCUCUGAACGAUUGAGGCUGACGCAUUUCAGGGGUUAGCUGUUCAUUCCGACAUGGGGUGGGGGGGGACAGGAGGGCCAGCACGACUGUGGGCCGCGGGGUGGAUUAAUGCGGGUGGGGAGGGUUGGGCGAAAGCGACAGUUUCCAAACUCCACACAUGAAGAAAGCUGUAGGCUGUCAUUCCAAUUCACACAUACAAUGAUCAAGAACAAAAACAUAAGAAAAAAAAAAGAUCUUAAAAGACAAAAACCAAGGAUGAUGAUUAUAAAAACAAAGUAAUAUAACUGUAAAUGUGUACUGGCAGGUUUUCGUUCUUUCUGGGUUCCAUUAGAUUGUUGAAAGGAAAGACUGAGACAGCAGCCGUUACAAUUCAGCUAUACAACAUACUACUAGUUCUUAAGAUUCAAGUUUUGUUUUUUUGGGCCAAAAGUCUAGUUAAGUUUUUUUUCUAAGUAUGUGUGUUGGGUGUAGAGGAUGAAGACUAGGUGUAGUUAAAAAUCACACAACGUAAUCGGACCAUUCUGGGAACACCAAUUUACUCUUCCCCCUUCCCUCUUUUGUUUUAUUUUGAGCUCACAAUUCAUUUUAAUGAUUUAAUGAUUCCAUCUGAUUUAAAUAUUUCCAAAUGUUAUUCAAAACUAUGGCACUGGUGUCAAGAAAUUGUACACAUUCCUUGUACCUGUCAAAUCUGGGACCUCUAGUGGGUGAGCGGUCUGUUGUUGAAUUGGAUUGAGUGGAUUGAUGGACACGUAUUAAGUUUAGAUGGAGCGAUAUAUUUGGUUAGCCUGUGUACAGAGCUUUGAUGGAUAUUGGUCAGUGGAUGUUUUGUAUCGUCUCCUUAUCUCUAAUAAAAAAGCACUAAACAAC